AGAGGUCCUUUGCUGCAUGACUGCAGACUCCUGCCACUCAAGUCCUGGUCUGCUUUGGAGAACCUGAUCCUGAGACUUCAGCACGAUGUCUUACCAACAGCAGCAGUGCAAGCAGCCAUGCCAGCCUCCUCCUGUGUGCCCACCCACAAAAUGCCCAGAGCCUUGUCCUCCCCCAAAGUGUCCUGAGCCAUGUCCUCCUCAGCCAUGCCAGCAGAAAUGCCCUCCUGUGCAACCUCCUCCACCAUGCCAGCAGAAGUGCCCACCCAAGAGCAAGUGAUGGCUCCAGCAGUCAUCAGGAGCAGCGGAAGAGAAGGGAAUCCAUAUCACGUACUUCCGUAGGAGCACCUCCAUCUUCCCUUGAGAGCCUCCCAUGGAUGCACAGGAAUCUUCAGCACCCUUCACCCUAGUUGUGCCUGUGAUGACUCCUGACAGGGAAAGCGUUUCCAUGACGUUGCUCUGCUCUGUUGUCAACGGGAUGCUGAGGAUGCUCCUUCUUCAGUGCCUCAGUGUCCCAGGUGCUCAGGGGGAAGAGUUGCAGCAGUCCACCUGUGCCUAGGGAACGUUUUCCAAAUAUGGCUGUCAUUUUCAUGUGGUAGCUGUCACUGUUAAUUAUUUCCUGAA